AAAAAGAGUUCUGAUUAAAUCAUGGGGAGAUCAAUUGCGCUCUUAGUUCUGAAAAUUUAGGACAAUCUGUGGUCUACAGAGUCAAUGUUAUUGUGGCCGCAAUUGCAGAGUCUAUCUGAAUAUGGAAUUCCACUGAAUCUGUCUAGCGUCACUGCUGAAGCCGAUGAGGAGCACCAGCAGAAUGUGGCAGCGGCGGCGGCAGGGAGACCUCAGCCCCAUGCCGCUGAGCGGGGAGAGGGGAUGCCCAGGCGCCGGCGGAACAUGGGGAGCAGACUUCUGGCUCAGAGGCGGUCGCAGCAGGCAGAGGAGGCCGCAGAAGACGAGAACGAUGGCGCUGAAGCAGCAGAACCCCAUGUUUCUGGGAAAAUUGGAGCAAAGAAACAGAGGAAGUUAGAGGAGAAGCAAGCCAGAAAAGCUCAGCGAGAGGCAGAGGAAGCUGAGCGUGAGGAGCGGAAGAAGCUCGAGCAAAAACGUGAUGAGGAUCGGCGCAAAGAAGAGGAGCAUCUGCGCCAGGAGGAAGAACGGCAGGAAGAAGAGAAGAGGAAGGCUAAAGAGGAGGAGGAGAAGAGGGAACAUGAAGAAUAUCUCAAGCUGAAAGAGAGUUUUGUCGUGGAAGAAGAAGGGUUGGAUGAAGCCAUGUCAGAAGAGGAGUCUCGUAGCUUCCUCACGGAACUGCUCAACUACAUUAAGAGCAUGAAAGUGGUUCUUUUGGAAGACCUGGCUUCUCACCUGGGAUUAAGGACGCAGGAAGCAAUUAAUAGAGUACAGGACCUGAUGGCAGAUGGAACACUAACAGGUGUUAUAGAUGACCGUGGCAAGUUCAUCUACAUCUCGCCAGAGGAGAUGACAGCGGUGGCCGAGUUCAUUCGCCGGAGGGGCCGUGUCUCCAUUACGGAGCUGGCUCAGCAGAGCAAUUCUCUCAUCAACCUUCAGCCCGAGGCCAGAGCUAUAGCUAAGGGAGCGGCCUAAGAAAGCCAGCUUCUCGGUUUUGGGAAAAUAAACUGUGAUGAAAAACCCA